GGUUAGCUUUGAUUCUUCGAAAUUAAUUCCUUCUCCAAAUCUCUCUCCAGUAUCAUUUCCCUCCCGAGUAGACUGCGCAAAUCUCUCUCGUAAAUUACCAUACUUGUGAAGUGUAUCAGCUACUGUAUAUCUGAUUCCAAUUCAUUCCGCAAAAACAUAUUCUCACUUCCUCUGUUCAUAUCAAAUCUUGGUCUAUUCCCCGUUUUGUUAUUAAUUUCCCUUUACGGUGUUGCCAUAGUACCUUAUAAAGCCCAGCAAAGCUCCGGGCUUUAUUCUCAUCAGUUUCGAAUCCCGGCUUCUCAGUCUUUCUGCUCUGUUUUUAUCUCUUGUACCUGUGUUGUCUGUGCUCAUCAUGGCUCCCCCCAACGACCCUGUCUUGAACUUCAUGCCCACCGAAUCUUUGGAAAAAAAUUGGGUGCUGUCUGAGGGGAAGCUUUCCGUCAGAGGCGUGCCAUUGCUCACUCACGUCCCUGACAACGUCACUUUCAGUCCCUUCUCUCAAAUAUGUCAAUCCUCUGACGCUCCUCCUGCUUUGCUUCAGAGGGUGGUGGCUCAAUAUCACAAGGGCGGAUUCCUUGGGUUCUCCCAGAAAGAGCCGUCUGAUAGGUUGAUGAAUUCCUUGGGUAGUUUCAGCGAUAGAGAGUUCUUAAGUAUCUUCAGGUUCAAAACUUGGUGGUCUACCCAGUGGGUGGGAAAUUCAGGCUCUGAUCUACAGAUGGAAACCCAAUGGGUGCUCUUUCAUCUUCCUGAGAUUAAGUCCUACGCCGUCAUCAUUCCUAUCAUUGAAGGAAGUUUCAGGUCUGCCCUUCAUCCUGGCUCUGACGGCCACGUCAAGAUUUGCGCCGAGAGCGGGUCUACCCAAGUGAAGGCAUCGAGUUUCCAUGCCAUAGCUUACAUUCACGCGACAGAAAAUCCCUUCAACUUGAUGAAAGAGGCCUACACUGCUCUGAGGGUACACCUCAAUACUUUCAGGCUCUUGGAAGAGAAAUCCACGCCGAGUCUGAUUGGUAAAUUUGGGUGGUGCACGUGGGAUGCAUUCUACCUAACCGUUAACCCCGUCGGAAUAUGGCACGGGCUGAAAGAUUUCGCCGCUGGUGGGGUGUCUCCGAGGUUUCUCAUCAUCGAUGAUGGUUGGCAGAGCAUAAAUUUGGAUGGUAAAGACCCGAAUGAGGACGCUAAAAAUCUUGUUUUAGGUGGCGAGCAAAUGACCGCAAGGCUUCACAGACUCGACGAAGGUGAUAAGUUCAAAAAGUACAAGGGUGGCCUCAUGUUGAGUCCUAAUGCUCCUUCAAUGGAUCCUAAAAUGAUCAAAGUCCUUAUCAACAAGGGAAUUGAACUUGAGCAUCUGCAGAAGGAACGUUACCACGCAUUUGAAUCCGCGAGCCCGAAUCUGUCCCAGAUCGAAACGGGGAUCCAGAAGGUGAAAAAAGAAAUCAAUGAUCUUUGGCGAGAGCUAGACAGCGGUUCAAACAAAGAAUGUGGAAGCAUGUGCGGGGAAACAGACGAGUAUGGAAUGAAGGCUUUCACAAGGGAUUUGAGGUCUAAAUUCAGAGGUCUGGAUGACAUUUAUGUUUGGCAUGCCCUUUGUGGUGCUUGGGGUGGCGUGAGGCCAGCAGCAACGCACCUGAACUCGAAGGUUAUCCCAUGCAAACUCUCCCCAGGUCUCGAUGGAACGAUGCAUGAUCUUGCUGUGGUGAGAAUCGUCGAAGGUUCGAUUGGGCUUGUUCACCCGGAUCAAGUCAAUGACUUUUAUGACUCUAUGCAUUCCCAUCUAGCCAAAUCCGGUAUUACGGGAGUCAAAGUUGAUGUCAUUCACACUCUUGAGUAUGUGUGCGAUGAAUAUGGAGGCAGAGUAGAGCUUGCCAAGGCUUACUAUGAUGGGCUGUCAAACUCCAUUGCGAAGAAUUUCAAUGGAAAUGGAAUCAUUGCUAGCAUGCAACAGUGCAAUGACUUUUACUUCCUCGGGACAAAGCAGGUGUCUUUGGCAAGAGUUGGGGAUGACUUUUGGUUCCAAGAUCCGAAUGGUGAUCCAAUGGGAGUAUUCUGGUUGCAAGGGUUACAUAUGGUUCACUGCGCUUAUAACAGCCUGUGGAUGGGGCAAAUGGUUCAGCCUGAUUGGGACAUGUUCCAGUCAGACCAUGUGUGUGCCAAAUUCCAUGCAGGUUCAAGGGCCAUUUGUGGUGGCCCGAUCUAUCUGAGUGACUCGGUAGGUUCUCAUGAUUUUGAUCUCAUCAAGCAGCUUGUUCAUCGUGAUGGCACCGUACCAAAGUGCAUUCAUUUCCCUCUUCCAACUAGAGAUUGCCUUUUCAAGAACCCUCUGUUUGACCAGAAAACCGUCCUCAAGAUCUGGAACCUCAACAAGUAUGGUGGGGUGGUUGGUGCUUUCAACUGUCAAGGUUCCGGUUGGGAUACCAAAAUGCAUAAAUUUAGGGGCUUCCCUGAGUGUUACAAGCCUGUAUGUAGCUCAGUACAUGUCUCUGAGAUUGAAUGGGACCAGAAGAAAGAAGCAGCCCACAUGGGUGUGGCGAAGGAAUACAUAGUGUACAUGAAUCAAGCUAAGGAACUGUGUGUGAUCAUGACCCAGAAGUCUAAACCAUUGCAAAUUUCCAUCCAGCCUUCUACGUUUGAGCUCUUCAGCUUUGUCCCGGUCACCGAGCUAAAGCGCGGCAUCAAAUUCGCAGCCAUUGGGCUAACGAACAUGUUCAAUAGUGGAGGGACAAUUCAAGAAAUGGAAUGCUCUGAGGAUGGUGUGAGGCUCCAGGUUAAAGGUGAAGGAACUUUUCUUGCUUACUCAAGCGAGUCUCCUGAGAAGUGUGAGUUGAAUGGUGAUGAGGUACCGUUUGAGUGGCUGCCUGCUGGCAAAGUGAGGCUCAACCUUGCUUGGGAGGAAGAGGCUGGGGGGGUUUCUGAUUUAGAAUUUUUCUACUAGGAUUGUCCUUUUUUUUUUGGGUACUGUCCACGGUGGAUGUUUUUUUAUACCGUGGUUGCAUUUUUUUUUUCCCGUCUUUUUGAAUUAGUUUGGUUUGAAUAAGAGCACUUUCUUGAUGGAUUGGUAUUUGAUUGAAUGGGUAGAACUCCUAUAUAUUAUUAACUCUCGAGAAUUGCUUGAUC